CGCUGAACGCAAGUAAAGACACCCUGAUAGGAGGUGGAGAACGCAAAUCGAGCAUUCACAGAAUCCAUGCAACCGCUCACACAAAGUGCACCUUCUGAUAUUUAUCAUUGCAGCUAUCCAUACGGAACCAAAGACGACAUCUAUUAAUAGAGAACGACAUCUGCGUUAUACCUCCCAUAGCAAAUCUUUCUGCUACAGCACACAAAAAGUAGGUAGACCUGGAAUGAUGAUCCGGCAGCUGAUCUUGCAUCGAAUGAAUUGUUGUCGGCAGCUUUCUUCAAGAUGGACGAUCUUUUUUACAUUUUCUCGCGUUUGCGAUGCACGUACAAAUAAUACUGAAAGCUACGUAGAAUGAGGAUUGGUCAGCGCGCGGUAMAUCAGAAAAACCAGCAACUUCCUGCCAACCCAUCUUGUCACGAUGUAUUCAAACAAAUCUAUCGACGAUCACAUCAACGAUUAUUGAAGCCAUAAUUUCCGAUGUCCUCCCCGUGAAGGUCGGCGACAUCCGCUUGAGAGCAUUAAACCGGCGACAAACACUUCGAUUGCCGGACCUCUCGUGCCUUGAUUUUUGCUUGACGCGAUGGUGAAAACUCGUGUUUACGGAUGUUUUUGAUGGAGCGCAGGGCCUCACAUUUAWAUCUGCUUAAUUUUGAUUGGACGAGCAUGACGUCAAAUACUCAAUUUGAUGUCAUCGUUCUUCCACGAAGAGCAAACGGAACAAACCAAACAUCAACUCUUUUCUUCCUCCUUCUCACACGAAACGCUUUUCCAUUCUUCUGUUUUUCUUUACGCGCAGAAAUCACGCGAGAAAGCUCUUAUCGUAUUUUGUUUUGUUGAACCUGAACUAAAACACCCAACCUUACUCGUGUCAGUCAAUCAGACAGACGAACUUGAUACCUGGGUUCGAGUACUUCGUAAACAAUAGUACUACCCCUUCCGAAUCGUUUCCCUUUCGAGGCAAAGCUACUGCAUACAUGUUAGCUGCCUUACCUAACAUGUCCCAGCCAGUAACCAUCCCUAUCUUUGGAUCAACCAGUAACCAGCAGCCGCAAACUGGAGAAUGGUUCAUGGAUGAUGGGGAGCAGGAUAUGGACUUCGACUUGUUGGCCGAAUACCUCCUCGAGGAGACUCCAGGAAGUAAUCAAACAGGACCGGUGAACUUUGAAUUCRGGUAAGUCUUGAAACGAGAGAAAGAAAAGUUAUUACUCUGGUUYCGUUGAUAAUUAACUAAUGCUAUUUUUCGCGAUUGAUGUUGUCUUUAUUGUGAGCAGUGACUUCGUAGUGUCGCCUGAGCAGAGCGUGGACGGAGCGGGUGAUAAUGGAGCAGCGCAAGCAAAAAGCAUAAUCACACAGCACGCCGCUACAAUCGCUGCCGCUGCCCCUGCUCCUAUCCCAUCACCYAAGAUGACACAAGUAGUGCAAUAUGCACCGGUUCCACCACCCCCUCCCUUAAUGGUAGCUCCUCAAAUUGCUGCAAAGGGAAUGGCCGUUCCCGCCACUAUCCCUCAAUAUGUUCCGCAACGGUCCAGCUCGAUGGCACCAGCACCUGCUUCGAAUCAACAAGCACCUACCAAAGCUGCCCUAAAGACAAAGGGGGGAGCUGCGGAUGCUAAACGCCGUAGGACAAACCCACCCGAAGUUGCUCCUCAGGGGCUGAUCAACACUUCGUACAUGACSAAUGGCACAGCGAACAUGUCCCCAGCAGUUGUUGCUGCUGCUGCAGCGGCUGCUGCGAUGCAAGGAAGAGGACGUAAGAAGACUCAAGCUCAGAUCGAUCGAAGAAGAGAAAGAAAUCGUAUUCUUGCCAGGAGAACCCGACUUAGAAAGAAAUUCUUUUUCGAAUCAUUACAAAAGGAAGUAAUGGARCUUCAAAGAGAAAAUGCUGUCUUGAAGGACAUCGUACGCACCGAAGUCAACACGGAAGAAGGAAGAUUGCUUCUGGAACAGAGCAAUGCUGCCAAAAAAUUGCCGAGAGAAGUGCUUGAAGCUUGUGGAGAAAAUCCCGAUCUUGACCAAGAAGACUUCAAUCUAGUCACAAGUAUUCAACAAUCACAACAUUCAUUUGUCAUCACAGAUCCCAGUCUACAAGACAAUCCAAUUGUUUUUGCUUCGGAUGACUUUCUCAGGUUAACGGGAUAUUCCAGAGAUGAUGUCCUCGGAAGGAAUUGCAGAUUUUUGCAAGGUCCCGAGACGAGCAAAGAUAAACUUGAUAUCAUUCGCAAGGGACUCCCAAGUGGUGAAGAUAUCUCUAUCACGUUUGUGAACUAUACGGCGGAUGGCACUCCAUUCUGGAACAAGUUAUUUAUCGCAGCCCUCCGCGAUGCCCAGAACAAUAUUGUGAACUUUAUUGGUGUCGUUGUGAAGGUAGCCUCCCCAGAGCCUGGAGACCCAGAGUUUGGMAAACAGAUUGGUGUAGAAAAUCCGGACGCAGAAAAAGCAGAAGGUGAUGCCGAUGGCACCGUCAAGGCAAUAGAAGGUGCCGUAGAUGCCGCAGUUGCUGCUGCUCCAUUGAACGUCCUCAGUGGAUAGAAAUCAGGGAUGUUUGACCAAUAUUCAAAUAGAAAUGCGGUAUGUUCCAACAAUGCGACGCAAGAAGGGGAAUUUGAUUCGUCUCAACGUAGUUGUUUGAAUGUCACUUUACACAAGAAGUCCUCUUAAUGCCCGCCAAAAGUUGAAGAACCAAGAACUAAUACCACGUGCUCUCGUGACCUCGUAUUGAGGUAGUUUAAUCGUUUCGAACGAGUACACUGACUGCUGACCCAAAAAGUCAAAAUGCCCAUUGACAUGUGCUAUGUAAAUAUUAAUCAACGAGGAAURUCAGUCGUAGUAGGACCAGGGUUUGCGAGUGUCAAAAUUAAAUGAAUAAACGAAAUGAAAUGAAAUGGAGAAAUAAUUUAAAAUGUGUUGU